AUGAGCAAUGCUUUUUCUAUUACAGAAGAUGAAAACGGCUACGAAGAGGAUGAGGGAGAAGAGAGUGGAAGCAGUGAAGAAGAGGAUUUCGAUAUAAGGGACUUUGUAGUCGCAGACGAAGGGAGGGGAAACGAAGACGAGGAGGAGGAGGAGGACUUUUCAAUGGAUACAGCCUCCUCAAGGAAAAUUGAAGAAGAGGAUCCAGAGAAGCUGGAGGAAAAGCUAAAAAAGCUCGAGGAAGUUUUCUCCUGUGUACCGAGGGUUCUCAUUAAAAGAGUUCUUUGCCGCGAUGAUGUUAACGGAGACCUGAACUUGGCAAGUCAGAGAUUACAAGAAUUUCAGGACAUGGAAAAUCCACACGACCUCUUCAAAACCCCGACGAGCAAUCCGCCCACUGCUUGGGGUCCCUCGCCUGCACAGUUAGAAUCAGCAAACAAGGGGAGUGAAAAAUGCGAAUCACAGGGCUCUCAGAAAAAGAGAAGGAGAAGGGGAGGGAGAAGAAAGAAGAACAACUGGGAAAAUCAAAACAAAACACAGGAAGAACAAGGAGAAAGGAAUCUGAGAAAUAGUUUCGACAGUUAUGAACCAAACGUACCGCGUGGGAACGAUCGCGGUAUAAGACAAGGAGGCCGAGUGUUUGGAGGAAGGCCAAGAGGAGGAUUUAGACCCAGAGGAGGGUUCGUCCAGGCACACGAAGAUUUCCAAGAAUACGUAGACGAUAUUCCAUAUGGAUUUCCAGUGGGUGACUACAUGUUUCAGAGCCAGAGGGGACGUGGUAACUGGAGAGGACGAUGGAAUCAACCAAAACCCCAACCCAAACCCAAGGGUCGUGGCCGCAGAGGACGCGGUGAAAACUCUUUUGAAAGCGAUUCAGUUUUCCAAGGCCAACCGCAAGUCUCUCAAAGGGGGCGAGGAAGAGGUCAGUUUAGACAUGGACAAGGAGGCGGCGGCCAAGGUCCAGACUGGAGACGUGAACGUUCAUUUUCCCUUGCAGGUGAAAUAUACAAUGACGAGCUUGACUUUUCUGGUAGAGAGGGAAUUUAUCCAACUAGACGUGACCAUGGGAAUAGGGGGAGGUCUGGACCCAAUAAUAGAGGACGUGGCCAGUUAGGAUUAAGACGAUCCCAGAGCCUUUCUAGUGGAAUGGAUGUUCAAGAUUCUCAUACAAACGACAAUACAGGAGGAGACGCAAAGUUUGAGCCAAAGAAACUGCUUAUUUGCGGGCUGAGUGAGUCGACGACACAAGACGGAGUUUUGAACUUUAUUGAGGCGAUGAGUGGUGAAGAGGUGGAGACAGUAGAGAUGAGUAAAGGCAAAGCUCUGGUCACAAUGACUGAGGAUAUAACAAGUAAGUCCUGCUAUUAAUAACAAAUAAGCCGUUUUCAGUUACGUGCAAAAAAGUAAUUCAUUAGCAAGGUCAGCUAUGCAAUAAGCUGCUCAAUUUAAGUAAAUUCAAGCAACCAUGACUUAUCCUAUUUUGCUUCAAGACUUGAUUCGCCAUGCCUAGUUCGACCAUCAGGUCGUUCUGUGAUUGGUCAGUCAGUAAUUUCGUUGGCUUUAAAUUCACGGCCCCGCACUCAGCCAAGAACCAUGUCCUCUACUGUGUACGAAACUCUCACGCAGAGUUCUAAUUAUGCCGCUUACCUAUCCAAAGCAAUAACGGUGGCUAUAUCACAGGUACUGUCCGAUAUGGAGAAAGAAGUCGUCGACAACAUUGGCAGUUUCCGCCGUUAUGCCUACGAAGCUGACUGGGGUUCAACUUUUCCGGCAUGCCGGCGGCAAAUACCUGCGAUGGUCCUUGCUACCGGCGGCGCAGUAGUCCCUUUCGUAUAUGGUCGCUGCCGAAAAAAUGUUUGACCUGUUAUUGAAAGCGUUCCAAUUAAAAAGAAGAAAUAUCGCAACCCAGGGUCCAACCUCGAAACCGGACUUUUCGUAUCCUAAUAUCUCUCCCUUACCAUUACGCUACCACACCGACCCGCCAAAAUUAAAAAAAAUUUAAGUACAUACACUAGCAAACUGUCUUUCGUAACUGUUACAUCAGUUACAGAUGACCAUAAUUUUUAACGUAAAUUAAACUUGGGCUUCAACUUCGUUCUUUCUAAGACUAUUCAAAAACGUAUUAUUUGCCUAAUUAUUGUAACUUAAUCCAGGGAAUAUAUAAUUACAUCCAUCAUGACUAAAGGUUUGGUUACCAAUGGUGGCAUGGACCGUUAAAAAUGGCAACGACCGUUUACGAAAGGGAAAUAGGCGCCGGCGGUGUAGGUGUCAGAAUAUGUAUCAAAGGCAGUAAUGGGGGCUAUCAGGUAGCAGGUAGUUUGGCGGUGCGGAAUAAUGAGAACCAGACUUUCGUGACAGAAACAGAUCCAACGGUCUCGGAUUUCCAUGGAUCAAUAACUUACUAGAGCUAAACAGGUCUUCGUCUCACUGGGCUUUCGUCUUCGACAAAGUUAACGAUCCUGGAACGUUUUUGCCCUUUCGCUGUCAAAUUUGGUAAAAAACCAAUUAAAACCCUCAGAAUCUCUUGUUCCAAUAUUUCUUUUCGUGAGUAAAAGACAAGUGCAUGGUGCUUUUGUCGUCGUUGCUGGGAUUGUAUCGUCCAGUAUAGAAGACUAGGCAGAAAGUUGAACUUGCAGUUCUUCGGGCGUAGCUGGUUAAAAAUUGCGAGGCCCAUUUUCGCCCGUAAAAACAGCCAAAGUUACUUGUGAUUUAGUGGUGUAGUGGGACCUCCUGCAGUUUAGACAAAUGUUUACUGUACCUGAGUGAUUCAGUUACUCGCAUUUAUGACCCUGGCCCCGGUUGUUCAAACGUUGGAUAGCGCUAUCCAACGGAUAAAUCACUAUCCAGCGGAUAAGUAUUAGGGAAAUCAAUUACGCUCUCCGCUGGAUAGUGAUUUAUCCGGUGGAUAGCGCUAUCCAACGUUUGAACAACCGGGGCCUGAACUAUUUUCUGGGCGGUAUGGGUGACUCAGCAACGACGCUAAACUCAUGAUCAGAAUAAUAUUUUAAGUGGUGCAUCAUCAGAGGGCACAAUUGGAUGAUUCUUGAAAACCCAACUCUUGGAUAUAUUUAACAAUUAAUGAAUGAGGCUGAGUAUCUUAUGAAGAAUUAUGGAGAUCGAGGAGGGUGUUAUCCGUCGAGGCCGUAGGCCGAGGCGGAUAACACCCUCCGAGAUCUCCAUAAUUAUUCAUAUGAUACGAAAGCCGAAUUCAAUAAUUGUUUUAUUAUUCAUUCAAAAUAAUUCCUAAUUUAAAAACAUAGCUAAAACAAGCUUACCUCCAUCGAUGUUAAGUUCAUCUUCGAUAGUUAACGUUUAGGUUUGUCCAGCUCGGCAUAUAUUCUCCAAAUAGCAGAUAUCUCCCUCCGAGUUGUCUUCUUGCUGUUUUUGCUAUGUUUUUAGCCAUUAUUUCGCCUAGUUCCAGCUGUAGUUCUUACUUUUGAAACGAGUGAAGUGUCAGCCAUUUUAGUUUUUACAACGAAAACAACUCAAUCUCGUCCCCCAAUCUCCUCGGUUAACGGUGCAUUAACCUGUAGAAGGCUGCAUUUUUGACGUCAUUUCCUCGUUAAACACAAAAUUCUUCCAAAUUUGGUCAUCAGUAACUGGUUAUGGUGAAGUAAAAGUGUGCUUUUAGCCAAUCAGAAUUGGAGAAAUAUUUUGAAUGAAUAAUAAUUACUAUUAUAAAAUAACUAAGAUAGUACGCGUGUUCUUAUUGGUUAAAAACCUAUGGUUUAUUGUGCCGGUAAACUUAUAGAAAACAGAAACAUGCUUCAAAGUUAUUUUAUAAAAGCAUUAGACCACACUUUCUAUGGGUGUACAGGCGUGAUAACCCACCUGGGAUGUAGGGAGAACAAGAGAAAAGCUUCGCUCGUGUUAGUGUAAUUAAAGCAGAUUUUUCUUACCAUUUAUUCAUUAGAUUUUCGUAAAAUCAAGGAGAAGGGUGAAAAGAGGGGAAUGGACUACGCUCGGGUCACAAUCCAACAAGUUCCUGUGUGCAGGAGCAUUCUCGUCAGCGGCAUUUCAGAGGACACCACCCAAGAUGCCAUUGAGCUGUUCUUUGAAAGUCCAAGGAACAAUGGUGGUCCUGUGGAGACAGUGAGGUUUAAACCUGAAAGUGGUCGAGCUGUGGUAGUGUUUCAGAAUUCAACAGGUCAGAAUUCAACCGCCCCAUUAAUACUCGUUGUCCUUUUUGGUUAAAAUGGAGAAAACUACUUACAAUGUGUCCUUCUGCUUUCUGUUAAAUGCAUGCCGAACCAGUUUUGAUAUUCUUAUGACAAAAGUUAAUAUGCGCAAAUACGCACACAAAAAAAAAACCUGGCCGGAGAGCGCCUCAUUUCUGGAAUUUUUAGCUAAGUACAAAAAAAACUUGCUUUGCUUUUUGCAAACCAGUUUUCGACGGAGUCAUUGUUUUAUCUUUGAUCUUUUCAUUAACAGAUAUGGAAAGAGUCUUAGCUAGACAGAAUGAAAGGCCACUUGUCUUAAAUAAAGCUGAACUCGCUGUCAGAAUCUUUAACGAUUUACUGGAGAAUGACGAUGACGCUGCAUUUGACGUUUUGGUUGAAAAGCAAAAGGAUGCAGAGGACAGCCGUAGCACAUCAGCGAGCCAGCGGUCUGAGGCGAAAGCACAGGAGCUUCACAUGGCUGUGGACCCGGAUGUGAUGGAAUACGUCACAACUACGUCACUCCAUGACCAGGUUAAAAUGGCGUUGGCUACGAAGACGUGUGAAAUUAAUUGGAAGCUAAACAACAAAACAGCCGUUCUAUUGUACCGCGGACAAGAUAAAAGUGAUUUGUGGCAGUCGGAAUGUAUUGAGGAGGUACAAACGUGGCUUGCGAAAUUUAUAAAGCAAGAUGUUCAAGUGAACAAGGAUUUCUGGGAAGCCGUGAAAGCUCAGUUAGCAGACAUUCGCACCUGUUUCGGUGUUGAGCCUCCGCUGGUUAAAAUUAUCCAUGAUUCUUUCGUAGUAAGAAUUGUUUCCCUGAGUUCGGAUGCAGAAGAUCUGAAAAAGAAAUUAAAAACAAAGUUAGAGGACAUAUACCGGAAGGAAACCAGAAAAAUGUAUUUGAAGAAAACGGAGGUAGUUCCUGUAGAACAUUUAAUUUUGUUAAAAAAGAUCCGCUUUGUGGAAAAACUUCAAGAAAAAAACAAAGAACUGGAGAUAAAAAUAGACACUGAAGCAGAGGAAAUCUAUUUUGAAGGCCCACAACCACAGUUCCUGGAAGCGACCAUGAAAUUUCACAAACAAUAUUCGGGCAUGGUUGAAAAGAAAUUAAGCCUGUCAAAGAACAUUUUGGAAAUUUUGUCUUUAGAUGAAGGGCUGGAGAAAGUCAAAUGUGAAUUGGAGAAAAACAACGUGGAGGCUGUUUUUGUGAUCGAUAGCGAGGCUCGGAUCAUAGGCACGUCAGCUGCGCAUGCGGAUAAGGCUGCCAGUCUUGUUAGUAAGAUGACAUCAGAGGAAAAAGUUCGAGUGGAUGCCAACAGUCAGCAUCUUUUAAAAACCACAGAAUGGCGCCAACUAUGUGAGCAACUCAACACCAUCUCAACUGUCCGGGUGUAUCGGAACAACUGGAAUGACACCUACGUAUCCGGGUUCAGAGAAGAUGUGCAUGAAGCAAUAAAAACGCUAAUUACGUACCUAGACGAUAACUGUAUCCGAGAAGAGCAAGUGAAAUGUUCUUCUAAGUUAGUCCGAAAAUAUCUCUCUGAGCUUCGUCAAGAUGACUUGUCUUCAAUUGAAGUUCAGCUCAAGGACUAUGAUGUCAAGAUUCAAACAGGAAGAGGUGAUGAUGAAUUUGUCAUUGGGGGAAACAAAGAGGGGAUAAAACGAGCGAAAAGAAAGCUGCAAGCCCUCGCAGAUAGUACCGAAUGUGAGAUUUUCAACGUGAAACAGCCAGGACUUAAGAAACUUUUUGUCAGCGGAAACGGCGAUUCGCUUGUGGCAACGGAGGCGAAAAAUCACGCAUGUGUUAUCCAGGUCCAGAAACAAUUUGACGUGCAGACUCCUGUCAAAAAAUCUGAUUCAUCAAACGACGAUGACGAUGAUGAUAGUGAUAUAGAGGAAGAGGAUAUGGCGGCUGCAGCCAGCGGCGUUGAUUCUUCCACUCUUGUCAUGGGAAGUGGGCACAAAAUUUCGUGGAAACCAGGAAACAUAGAGGCGCAGCAGGUCUGUUCGGUGUCUAAAUACUAGUUUAAACUGUACAUUAUUUCCCUGGGUUGUUUGAGUUAAAAAAGGAUCAAAUUGUCCUUGGCUGUAAAAUAUUAAACUUGUCUUCUCAGUCUUGCCACGUUGAAAGCUUUGUUCUGCUGAAAACGUAAAUGUCCUAGCUUCGUAACAGAAUCAAACGAUGCCCUUUUACCAAAUCACAGGCAAUAACAAAUCCUCUAGUAAAUCAACUGAGUGAAAAAUGUUCUCUUCGCUUUACGAUGAUUUUCUGUGUUGUUUGCUGCGCUUCUGUUUUGGUUGAUCUACGUAUAGUGUGAGAAAACAGCCCUAAGUAUCAUCAAUAUUUAUGAAAAAUCAUUAAUAUGCCCAGUUUAUCCUACUUAUAGGGAUUUUCAGAUUGUUGCGAAGGAGUAAUUAGUUAUCAAGUAUUUAAGAAAAGCCCCCUCAUCGUACAUAAUUUCAUUCCCUGUCAGUAUAAAACCGACUACCCAUUUAUGAUCCAUCACAGUCUUCAUAGACUAAUACACGCCAUUUAUCAAUAUUUUAUACGUAACCAUACUACCCGAAAAAAGGAGUGGGUUUUCUUAAAUUAUAAUACUUUUUUGUGUGGAGUUUGCCGUUGAAUCCUGGAGUCCUUAGCCUUUUUCACUCAACGAGCAUCUGUAACUUUCCUGUCCUACUUUUCGUUAAGGAUCCAAAAUCCCCAACCUGUCCCUGAACCUGAACCAGGAACGUCUGAUUCCUUUCACCACUCAUUAAUUUUCCAAUAGUGAUAUCCUAUUCUAGGGCAAACUUCCCUGAGUUUUGUAGUAACGCUAUCCCAGACUAAUUUGCAUGAAAUUACAAUUGUACACUUUAGAGCUGCACAAAUCUGUUUAUCCCAAGUAUGGCAGUAACGUUUAUUGUAUUGUUUUUCGCUAAAAAUUCCGUGUGUGUGACGUCCAGUCAUAACUAGCCGUCGCCAAUCGCAACAGAUACAGUCGACUCCCGCGAAUUCGAACCUUCAAGGGAAAAAAAAAGGUUCGAGUUAUCGAGGGUAAAAUUAGUAUAGGUAAUAGCAUGAGUUGUGGUGAUAUUUGGCAUAAAUACCAGGAGUGAUAUUUCAAAAUUGUUAUACGUAAUUUCACGAGUCGUUAGGCGAGUGAAAUUUGAGACAAUUUUGAAAUAUCACGAGUGGUAUUUAUGCCGAAUAUCACGAACAAAUCAUGCUAUUAUUUGUUUAUACUACUACCCACAAAAGGUUUGUAAUUUUCACAAGUAGGUAUUUCAAAUGAAGCUGAAAUACCACUACUCUAAGCCAAUCAAAUUGCAGAAAUUUCUCAUGUAGUAGUGUAAUAUAGAAAAUGAUCUGAAGGGAAAUGAAAAUUGUUUCGAGUUAUAGAGGGUUCGAGUUACUGGGAGUAGACUGUAGAAGCAAUCCAGGGUACCUAAUUAAAAGUGCAUGCAUACGUCGCUGUUAUUGGUAGCAUGGUAGUGCACUGCUAAAGUAAACACAGAUGCCCAAACUUAAAUGAUAUCGCGAAGCUUUUUAGCCUUUAUGAACUCUCUUUUUUGUUUGACUUUAAUUGCAGGCCGACAUUCUGGUCAGUUCACAAGGUGCAUGCUCCCAGGCGAUCGUAAAUGCGGGUGGGCAGGCAAUGAGGCAAAACUUGGUAGCUCCAAAAACUGGUAACAUCGCAGUUACUCCUGGAUAUAACCUGGCCUGUAAUCACGUGAUCCAUACAGACUGUUCACAGUGGCAUGGUGGAACGGGGGAACAGUUAAAGGAUAAUUGGAACCCUAACUUAUUCUAUUGACAAUUAUCAGGCAUCCUAUCCAAAAAGCCACAGAGCUGACACGAAUCAUGAGUCCUCAAAUUUCGCGGGUAACAUCCUUUGUGGAACGUUAAAGAAAAAGGUAUCUCGUGAGAAAGGCAGGCUUGCUUAAGUGGCGCAUUCCUAAUUCUUCCUUUUUUGGAAAAUUGUGUUCGGCGCGUAUCACAUUUGACAAUUUCACGCCAGCUUAGAACUAAAUUUUCACUAUUUAAGAGGCUGUCUUAGUAAAAACCGCCCACUCAAUUUCGCGUGAAAAACAAUUUUGCCUGAAACUCUGGCGAGUGAAAGCCUUUAUCGAGACUAUAACUAAAAUAGGUUUGCUUUGAUUCACAAUAAUUUUCUGGCCGCGCUGGGGAGCGCCGAGUAUUUUGUCCCGCCACGGCCAUUUUGCACGUCUUGAAAACUGAAAAUUUGGCUUUUUUUGCGGCGCUGUAAAAUGUUUGAUUUGCACCAUCUACCAAUGAAUUUUAUACCUAUUUAUAGGUCAACAUCUCUAGUUUUUCCUGAAAGUAAUAGUUAUCUGCUAAAUUUAGCUGGAAAGACAAAAUCAAGCAAAAUAUGACCCCAACUAAUUGCCUUGGAGCGAAAGGCCAAAAAUGACCCUGUUUUAAAAGCUUAUUUUUGACUUUUGGGACAUAGUUGAAAGCUCUAGACUAAAUAGACGCAAAGAUAGACCACCUGUCAUUAAUAAUAUACAAAAGCCCAUGUACGUUUUCAGUAUUUUUAAAGUUAUGACCGUUUGUAUCAACGCGUAUGCGAGCUAAUACGAUAUUUUCAGAUUUAGCAUAACGGAUCUAUCUCAAGCAGAUUUUGUCAAAAGUACGGCUUACCUGAUUCAUUACUGGCACUGACUCACAAAUUGAGACAUAUUCCAAUCCCUGAGAUGCGGAACUCCAUAAAAUUCCAGUAAGCUGUGCUUUAGAAACUGCUGGUAUGCGGCCAUUUUUGAAUCCCAAGCUAACAAUCCAAAGAUUAAAACAGGUGAAACUGUGUCACGUUUCGAGCUAAAUAGCUCGGUAAAACAACUGUUUCAGAGGUGAAAGUUUGCUCGAGAAUCAGAAAAUUAACUGGGAAGGUCUCAUUUUGGAUCAGAAAAUUGAGAUUUCAGAGCUACAACCUCGAAUAAACCUUCUAUUCAACCGGCUCUGCAAGGUCAAAUGCAGGUUGACACGUAAACCGGAAAUGUUGAAACGCGGAAAUAUGGAAAACCGGAAAUACGGAAAUCCGGAUCAUCCGGAAAUCGGCAAAUCUGAAAUCAAUCAGGAGCCGAAGGCAAUCCCAAAAAUUAGAGACAGCUGCAUUCGUUUAGGGCUUCUUUUCGACGUUGAGACACGUGAAAGAUAAAACCUUCCAAACGGGGGGGAACUGUUUGAUUUUCACUGAACCGCAACGCAGUUCCACGAUCGAUUGCGUUUUGGCAAAUAGGCUACAAACAUUCUUUGUGCGCUAACAUAUCACACUUGUGACUAAUACUUUACAGAAGUUUGUUAUAUAUCGAAACUGAGUGUGUCGAGAUCUAGGAAACCAAGCCAGCUUGGUUGUCUGGGCUCAUUAGUAUAGAGGGUCCUUGAAAAUCGCUUGUUAAGGGGGCAUUCUGGUUGUUUUUUCGGGGAAAAUGAUGAUGAUUUGGGAAAGAAAUAAAUAAGAGUAGAAAAAGUAUGCACAUAAAGCAGUUAUUCCGUUAAUGGGAUCAGAGGCACUCCUUGUUGGAGUCUCCGGUAUUAAUUUUUCUUCUGAUUAUUCACUUAAUAUUUUAAUUUCUAACAAUCCCCAAAUCCAAUAUUUUCCAACUUUUCCAACAUUUUUAACAUCCUCCCUAAUUUUUAUACAUUAAAAAGAUUCGAAGAAUCAUCCAGAAAUUCUCAAAAAAUUAUUGAACCAAGGACUCCAUCUUAAUUGAGUCAUUUUUAGAUUCACGGAUAACUUGGACAGCGGAUAACGCGAGGAGAGCAGAGGAAAGUCAUUUGGGUUAUAGGGUAUGGUUGCAAGAAACUCCCAUGAUUUAAUCUAGAGUAGCUUUAAGAAAGGAAUUAAUUCUGUAUGCGGUUUAGACUUUAAGACCAAUAUUUACACCGGAUGGUGAAACUAGUGGCAAGUCCUAAGGGCGACCAUUUUCGUAGACCAAAAAUCCGAUGCAACUUUGUUUUAGGAUUAGCUACAAAACACCAUUAAAUGGUCGAAAAAAUAAUCCUACAUUUGUCGAUAAAUUUGGGUUUUCUGACCCAAAAAGAAAUCUGCUUAGCUGAUGUUUUGAUCCUCGGACAAGUCUCACCUCCGGAAAUUUCUCUUAUUUUCUUUCUUACCCAGCUAUUUAUCUCUAAACGUGACAUACCGUAAAAUUCCGAAAGUAAGCCCCGGGUCUUAUAUUUUUCAAAGGCCCUUUUUGAGGGGCUUAUUUUUGGACGGGCUUACAUUCGGAGGGCCUUAUGUACGGAGGGAAAUUUGCGUUUCAAAAUCGAUUGGGCUAGCAUAUAGUUGGAAGGAAAUUAACCGUUUUUGCUUUGCUUUACUUUGUAUUUGAGGGCAAUUUUCCAAGUACAAGCCCCCGGGGGGCUUAUUUUCUGAGGGGCGAUUUCACGGAGAGUUUUUGUGUUACGAGUUUAGGGGAGGAGGGAGGGACUUAUUUUCGGAAUUUUACGCUAGUUUCAGCAUGGGAUUCAAAUAUGGCCGCAUACCAGCAGUUUGAAAAGCGCAUUUACUAGAAUUUUGAAUCAAAUAUCGGUCAAUUUUUUAGUCAGCACCAGUAAUGAAUUAGGUAAAGUUUGGGAGGGGACGGAGGAGGAAAAUCUGGUUCCUGUUGUAAAAAUAGUCAAAGGGACGGGAGAAGAUUCAGCAAGAGGAUCAGUACACUGUGAAGAAGGCUUUCUCCCAUUCACUCAAGCCUUCCCUAACCCCCUCUAAGUAAUGAUCGGUUUCUUAAGAACUUACUCACUGGCCAGGACUAUUUAUCCGCUCUUAACAAGCGAUUUUCAAGGGCCUGUAUACUAAUAAGCCCAGACAACCGAGCUGGCUCGGUUUCCUAGAUCUCGACACAUUCAGUCUCGAUAUAUAACAAACUUCUGUAAAGUAUUAAUCACAAGUGUGAUAUGUUAGCGCACAUAGAAUGUUUGUAACCUAUUUGCCAAAACGCAAUCGAUCGUGGAACUGCGUUACAGUUCAGUGAAAAUCAAACAGUUCCCCCCCGUUUGGAAGGUUUUAUCUUUCACGUGUCUCAACGUCGAAAAGAAGCCCUAAACGAAUGCAGCUGUCUCUAAUUUUUGGGAUUGCCUUCGGCUCCUGAUUGAUUUCAGAUUUGCCGAUUUCCGGAUGAUCCGGAUUUCCGUAUUUCCGGUUUUCCAUAUUUCCGCGUUUCAACAUUUCCGGUUUACGUGUCAACCUGCAUUUGACCUUGCAGAGCCGGUUGAAUAGAAGGUUUAUUCGAGGUUGUAGCUCUGAAAUCUCAAUUUUCUGAUCCAAAAUGAGACCUUCCCAGUUAAUUUUCUGAUUCUCGAGCAAACUUUCACCUCUGAACGGUUGUUUUACCGAGCUAUUUAGCUCGAAACGUGACACAGUUUCACCUGUUUUGAUCUUUGAAUUGUUAGCUUGGGAUUCAAAAAUGGCCGCAGACCAGCAGUUUCUAAAGCACAGCUUACUGGAAUUUUAUGGAGUCCCGCAUCUCAGGGAUUGAAAUAUGUCUCAAUUUGUGAGUCAGUGCCAGUAAUGAAUCAGGUAAGCCGUACUUUUGACAAAAUCUGCUUGAGAUAGAUCCGUUAUGCUUAAUCUGAAAAUAUCGUAUUAGUACGCGUUGAUACAAACGGUGAUAACUUUUAAAAUACUGAAGACGUACAUGGGCUUUUGUAUAUUAUUAAUGACAGGUGGUCUAUCUUUGCGUCUAUUUAGUCUAGAGCUUUCAACUAUGUCCCAAAAGUCAAAAAUAAGCUUUUAAAACAGGGUCAUUUUUGGCCUUUCGCUCCAAGACAAUUAGUUGGGGUCAUAUUUUGCUUGAUUUUGUCUUUCCAGCUUAAUUUAGCGGAUAACUAUUACUUUCAGGAAAAACUAGAGAUGUUUACCUAUAAAUAGGUAUAGAAUUCAUUGGUAGAUGGUGCAAAUCAAACAUUUUACAGCGCCGCAAAAAAUGCCAAAUUUUCAGUUUUCAAGACGUGCAAAAUGGCCGUGGCGGGACAAAAUACUCGGCGCCUCCCAACGCGGCCAGAAAAUUAUUGUGAAUCAAAGCAAACCUAUUUUAGUUAUAGUCUCGAUAAAGGCUUUCACUCGCCAGAGUUUCAGGCAAAAUUAUUUUUCACGCGAAAUUGAGUGGGCGGUUUUUACUGAGACAGCCUCUUAAUACUUUCAAAACACGAAGGAACCUGGGCCGAGUUAACGUUCGCAAAGACUCCUGGGGCUGUUAUUACGGAUAGGGGAAAAAAUUGGCCAACAGUUGACCGGUGCGUCUACCGCACCGCGUUAUUCCAGUCCCGUUCUCGUUUCUAAAGUUGCAAAUAGGUGGUUAAGGUAAUGUUAAUCAAUCAACUCCGUAAGGGUAGUUGUACCGAUUUUUUCUGUUAGUUUGUUCGUACAAAACUAAUUAUUAUCAAUCGUGCAAGUCAUUCAUCAUGUUUUAUUCAAGGUCCUACGAGGCAUUGUCCAAAACUGUCUUCAGAAAGCUGAUGAACUCGGAGGGGCAUCAAUAGCAUUUCCAGUCAUAGGCACUGGAAACCUCAACUUUCCUCCAGACGCAGCUUCCAGGAUCAUGUUGGAAGAAACCAUCAACUUUUGUCAAACUAAUCCGUCAUCUGUGGUGAAAGAUAUUCGAUUUGCCGUGUUUCAGCAAGAUCAGGCACUAACCACUGCCUUUGCGCAAGAGGUUACUAAAUUGCAAUCCAAGUACAGUGUUCGUCCUGGAUACUCUAUGGGUGGUAUAUUAAGGCAUCUACGGUCCAAAUUAGGAAGAGUCCAUAAGAACCCAGCAAGGCCAGCCGUCGGUGUUAGUGUGGAAGUUUGGCAAGGAAAUUUGUGCCAGGAGGCAACAGAUGUCAUUGUUAACCUCAACAGCAAAGAUAUGAAUAUGGAUAGCGCCGGGGCAUUGAGCAAGGCGGUGAAACAGGCGGCUGGUCAAGUUGUUCAGGACGAGUGCUAUCAACUGGGACAUCAAACAGGUGGAUCAGUGGUGGUUACCAGUGGUGGAAAUCUAACGGCCCGUAAUAUCAUCCACUUGAUACCAGAUACUGCCGACAAAAAUCACUUGCAACAAUGCGUGGAAAAGUGUCUCGGUGUGGCAGAGGCUAGUGGUUUUCAGUCCAUCUCAUUUCCAGCGGUAGGAACGGGAUCUUUUCACAUGUCAGCGGCUGAUUCAGCCAGCCUAAUAUUUCAAGCUCUCAGUAAUUUUAGUGCUCGUUUCAACGUCAUCAAAAAAGUUAGAAUCGUAGUGUUCCAAGCUCCUAUGCUUCAGGCAUUUCAACGAGAACAGCAGCGUCAUCCGCUGUAUUCUAAUCAGGGCCAUGUCCUUAAACCUAUGGCCAGGCAGGGCGUAGCCUAUCCACGCGCUAAUAGGCAGAGAGGAUUGAAUAUUAAAGUAGUAAGUGGUGAUUUAACAAAGGAGAACACAGACGCCAUUAUGAACAUUAACAGCACUGACAUGAACAUGAGCAACGCUGGUGAUCUAAGCAAAGCUAUCUUAGCAGCUGGUGGCACACAGAUCCAACAAGAAUGUAGUCAAUAUGGCACUCAAACUGCUGGGACAGCGGUGAUGACUGGUAGCGGAAAUUUAGCAGUACGGCAUAUAAUCCAUAUUGUUCCAGGUAUUGGUUGAUCUUUUUUUAUUUGAUGUUAUUAUGUAGGGAAUAUGGCCUCCAAUGGACCAUGCAACGUUUGUCCACCCUUAAAAAUGGUAAAAUCUUCAAGAGGAACAGGCGAUUACGGCCUUUUCCUAAUUAACCACUGUUACGUUACCCAAAUACAUCUAAAUGCAAAAGUGGUGAAUUGUGAUGUAGCGAUAUUCUCUCAGACUCCUGACGGUCAGUGUAACCGUUACAAAAGAAGUUGCCUGCCGAGGAGGCUAUUGUCAGGAAUAGUAGAGCGAUCGAAAUGCUUGAGUGCGCGCGUGAAAAUUGGGCCCCACGAGGAAGGUGACACAACAAGGGAAGGCAGGACUAAUUGAAACCGUUGAGCUACAAUAAUAUUGUAAUCCCGUUUACUGUCAUCGCCAUUUUUAGUUUAACGAUGCAACAUUCAAAACCUUCUGUUUUCUUGCUGCUUUUGAGGGUAAAAUUCAAAAAAGAUCUCAUAUUACUUUUUUGUUCAUUAUUAAAUGUCAAACUGUUUACUUGCAGGCUCCCAAGAUAAACAGCAUCUUCAGACAUGUUUGGAAGCUGGCCUUCGUCUAGCAGAUCAAAAAAACCUUCACACGAUAUCAAUUCCAUGUGUAGGUACUGGUGGAUUUGGUUUGACGGCAGCGGACUCGGCUCAGGUAACAUUCCAAGCUCUCAGCUCCUUAAGAAGAAGUUGUCAAAACCUUCGCAAUGUGCGUGUCGUUGUCUUUCAAACUCAAAUGGUUCAGGAAUUUUUGCUGGCGCAACAGAGACAGGCAAUGCAGGAUAUGGAUGAGCAAGAGAGUGACUCCACUGCAGAUGAUGAAGUUGCUGAAAGGCCCAGAAUUGCUAGGCAAAGAAAAAAUAUCACAGCUAAUUCGAGUUCAACAGCUGACCAUUCUGUGAAAAUCUUAGUGGUGGGGAAGGAUAAAGGAAGCGUCGGUAAAGCGGUAGGCGCUUUGAAGAAGCGUUUCUCUGACGCCUGUGUGAAUUAAAAAGUCGAAAAUGAAACCGUCAGCAAACUGUCACCAAAGGAGAUGAGCAAUCUGAGAAGGAAAGCCAAAGAACGUGACGUCAAACUGGACAUUGAGGUUGAUGUUGAUCGCAUUGUGGUGAGGGGUGGCCCAGUUGAAGUUCCUGGCAUGGUCGGGGAGAUUUGGCAGGAGAUUAACGAGAGAAAUAAGAAGAUACAGGAGGAGGAGCAGGCGAUGAUGGUUUCAAAGAGCGUAGAAUGGAGUUAUGAAAGACAAGGCAAGAAAAUGGUGUUUAGCCCGAAGGCAAACGGAAAGCUUGAGAUGGCGCACAUCAAAGAAAAAUCCACAGUACAGAUAUCUCUGCUAGGUGAUAAAUUUGACAUUAAUUUGAAAAAUAAAACUGGCCGCGGACAGCAGAAUGGUGAAACAAUUACGAUAUUUAGAAAGGUCAAGGGAGCUGAAGAAGGUUAGUGCAUAAUAAACGGAUUUCAAACACGGGAACUUGUAAACUAAGCUAAGCAAUUCACUGCUUAGGUAGAGAACUGAUAAAAUCGUUCCUGAAUUUGAUGCCCGACAAUAUAAAAUUCACCGAAGUCAAUAGGACGAAGAUAACAGAUCGCGCCAAAUAUCAGACGAAACAUAGGGUGGCGUCUGGUUAGGAGGAAGCCACAUACCAACUCUUUGAAAGGCCCUAUUUGCCCAUGAACAGAGUGGUUCAUACUUAUAGCAUAGAAUGAAUUGAAGCGAGACCGUUUUCCACUGCAGAGAUUUGGGCCGUUUGCGGAUAUUUCCCUUCAAUGCUUCUCAAUGUCAACCAAAACGCCCACUGACUUCCCUGAUUUUCACGGAAGUACAACACAAGAUAAAAAGGCUAUCCAGGUGAACUCCCAUGGGUCUCAACCGUUAUCCUUUUGGCUAUCUAAGUUUAAAAUCAUGAGUUCUGGUAAAUCUUUUUUUAUAAUACCAAUGGAAAUUAUCAUGAAUAAGACAGCCAAGGUGGCUUAUUCCUACAGUGAAAUUUUCCAUCUCAUAGCAUUCUUAGAUUCUCUUCGACUGUACGGCCAACUGAAAACUCCCCAAACCAGUAAUUUUGCUUUUCAAAGCAAAAUAAAAUUAAAAGCACUGAUUCUUUGUCCUAAAGGAACUUCUCUCCCGAAUACGUGGGCUCCAAUGCCACGCCCUGAUAUGGAAGUACAUACUGUGCCUCUCGCACCUGGCUCCUCUGAGUAUCAAAAUGUCGUGAGCAAAUUUCAAGCAACCGCUAGGGGAAUGUAUAUCCAGAAAAUCGAGCGAAUUCAAAAUCCUCAUCUUUACAAGCAGUACAUGGUACGAAAGCAGAAGAUGGAUAAAGACAAUGGAGGAAACAAUGAACGACAGCUGUUUCAUGGAACCGACGCCAAAAAUGUACGUGCAAUAAACACACAGGGAUUCAAUAGGAGUUUUUGUGGGGCACAUGGUAAGUUACAACUGCGACAAGCAAUGUGUACUCGUAUAUUAUUAUGAGCCAGCAUAGCAGUACCAGUGAAUGUUUACAUACACAUGCACUAUUCAGAACUGACUCAACGGGCACAAUUAGGCACUUCAAUUUUAAAGUACCCUUAAACGAAAUGAUUUAAGACAUGUAUUCCCAAGGAAGAAGAGGCUAGUUAUGUUUUCUACAACUUUGAGUAGCAUUUUGAGUUGUUGUAGACGUCGUCAGAACGCAAUCGCAUUAGUGUUACAAGUGGGGGUUAAACCUGACUGUAAGAACAAAGGAAACAUGACUACUACCACUAUGAUUUCCAGUUAACUAUUUUUUUGCUUGUUUGUUUUUUAUAGGAACUGCCUAUGGACGCGGUGUGUAUUUUGCCAGAGAUGCUUCUUACUCAGUUGGAUAUGCAGCGGGUGGAAGUGGGGGUCGCUUUAUGUACCUUGCCAGGGUCCUGGUCGGGCAGUAUUGUGCAGGCAACUCUGGUAUGAUCGUUCCCCCACCAAAGAACCCUUCCAGACCGGAGAUUCUGUACGAGUCUGUGGUUGAUAGCCCAGCAAACCCGUCCAUCUUCGUUGUUUUCUACGAUACUCAAUGUUAUCCUGAAUAUCUCAUAACCUUUUAAUCGUUUUGCUUUACUUGAGCAGAUAAACACAGACUUUAAGAUAAUCUAGAGUGUAUAGCUCUUUCUUUAUUUACUUAAGAAAUCAGUUUUUAGAAUUUGAUUAAUUGCAAUUUUAAUGGCAACAGCAAUGUUGUAAGAAGAAGUUCAGUGUUAGCUAUCUCUAGAGCCAUGUAGAUAUGUGAUAAGGGUGUAGUUUUAGCGGUUUUCAUCGUGGAAGAAAACUGGUUAUGCUUAAGGUUAGGGGCUUAGGGUGUAAGUAUCGAGUAUAAUGGCUGAUUAGACUGUUCACAAUCCUCUAUGUUUCCGUAAGAUCAUCGAGAUCGAGCGCUUUCCGUUACGGGCUGCCGUCUUGCAUGAGUGUCAAAACUACUUAGGGGACGGGAGCUGUUUGAGAGGAAGCGAGAAAAAUAAAGUUUUCUCGCCCCCCUUCCCCUAGAGCUAUAAUCCCCGACGCCCGCCCCCUCGGUACAUAAGACGCGCUAUAUCUCGACGAUCUCACGAAAAAAUAGGGAACUGUGAACAGCCUAAUGGCUGAUGUACACAGGAAGUUCGGGAAGCACGAAAGAAGCGGAGGUACUGUGUACUAGUUGCUAAUUGGCUACACCUCGAGCUAUUGUGACUUCUUGAUUGCUCUCCUCUCCACAUGCAGAGUUGUCUACUUUAUCAGGUUCUGAUAAGUUUCCAAAAUGCGCCGGCUCUCAGCCUGAGCUAGUUCGUUUAACGACUUUUGUUCUUCGUACAUGUUUGAUUGCCGAGAAGUUUUAAUCAUUAAAAUGUUAGAAAGUUCUACACUGUCCUCUUUUUUAUCGAAAUACUUUGUGGAAAGCAAGCGACGCAAAUCCAGGUUAUAUUAAACACAACCGAGCAUGUUAUCUCAUAAUAUAAUC